UGUUGCUCUGGAUAAAAGGUUGAAGCCGGUUGUAGCAGCCAUCUUGGAGUCGAAAGCGUUGGGAACGAGACUUCGAAUCACCAUGUCUGCCCUACCGAGACCACAGAUGAGAGGCUUGCUUAACAGUCAUCUCAAGAAGCACUUUGCCAUUGGAGUGGUUCUGGCGAUUGCGGGUGCUGCAGGCGUCAAAUUCUUCAUCUACGAUUGGAGGAAGGCCAAGUACGCUGAAUUCUACCGGACGUACGAUGUACAGAAGGACUUUGAGAGGAUGAGAGAACUAGGGGUGUUCCAGUCUGUCCGUCCACUCAGUGAAUCAGGAGGGGAUGAAUAGAUGUCUUACUCAGUAGCCUAGUUACACGUUUUUCCUUCAGUUGUGUUGUAUCAACUUGUAACCGAAGGGGAGAGUGUUGCUGUGGAGAUGGAACCCGGAAGGAAAUGGAAACCCAAACUAAGGAACUUCAAUUGGUUUUUUUCUUAUCCCAGCCAAAUCACCAUAAACUUUCUGGAGCAUGGACAUCAACUUCAUUUCCCUGCGUCCAAGCAUAUGAAGGGACGAAUCUUCAACAGCCUUGAAUCGUGCAUAGUAGCAAGCUUGCGGUAUCCAGCUCCAUUUCCUUGACUAGCUUUGACAAAAUAGUUCCUGUUUUUCACAUGGUGUGUAACUUUUUAAGAGAAAUACACAAUGAAGAAAAUGUAGCAUUCAGUUUGUAGUCGGUUUUAAUGUCCAAACUUUUAAAAUAAAUCUUGUCUUGUGGUUUAAAAAUAAAAGAUUAUUCGUGGGAGUGCAUGACUGAUUUGCUGGAAACAUCUGACCAGGAAUUGCAGCAUCGUUAAACCUAACCCCCAGCCUGCUUUGGCUAGAAACCCUGCCAGAUGCAUCAAACUGCAUCGUUUGUCAAAGCGGCUUAACUGCCCAGUGUAACAAGAUCCAACAGGUCAACUCUCCUCAAGGCCAAACAGCCUGGGAGUCUGGGGUUGCCAAUCACCA